AUGGGAAUCCAGUCCAACCUCCGCGACGCGCUGCUCAGCCAGCCAAAGAGCUUCAAGAAGAAGAAGGAGUAUACUCUCCUCGAGGUGAUGGGGCGGGGCGGUUUUGGUAAAGUCGUGCGCGCCCAGUGGAGCCCGAGCGAAGGGGAGAAGAAGGAGGUGGCGUUGAAGAUUAUACCUAAGAAGCUCGUCAAGGACCCCUCGACUGUCAUGGACGAGAUCAACGUCCUCAAGGACCUGGAUAACGAACAUAUCGUACAUGUGUGGGACCACUUCGAAUCGCGCGACAAGUACUACAUCGCGUUUGAGCUAGCUGUCGGUGGCGAGCUGUUUGAGCGCAUCAGCAAGGUCGGGCGGUUUACGGAGGACGAUGCGGCGGGGUGUAUCCGACAAGUCCUUGAGGCCACAGCCUACCUCCACAGCCGUAACAUCGUGCACCGCGACCUCAAGCCCGAGAACAUCUUGUACAGGACCCAGGACCCUGACUCGCCCAUCGUCAUUGUCGACUUUGGUAUCGCCAAGCACCUCGAGACGGAGGGCGAUGAGGUCACGAGCAUGGCUGGAAGUGUCGGGUAUGUGGCGCCAGAGGUGUUACUCGGCAAGCCGCACGGGAUGAAGGUGGACAUGUGGAGCAUUGGCAUUAUCUGCUACACCCUGCUAUGCGGCUACUCGCCCUUCCGCUCCGAGGAGAAGGAGCAGCUCAUCCGCGAGACGACGCGUGGCAAGGUCGUCUUCCACGAGCGUUUCUGGAAACACGUGAGCGAGACCGCACGCGACUUUAUCCGCAAGCUGCUAGUCGUAGACCCCAAGGACCGCCUCUCUGCUGCCGAGGCGCUCGCGCACCCCUGGAUGGCUGGCGCGAGCGGCGACGGAACCGACCUCAGCACAAACAUCAGGGAGAACUUCAACCCGCGCAAGAAGUGGGCCAGCGCUAUGCGCGUCAUCGUCGCCACGCGAAAGUUCCAGAAGGCAGGUAGUGGGAGCGCGCCGCUCGACAGCGACGAGAGUGAUGGGGGUUUCAAGACGGCCGAGUCGGACGACGAGGUGUUCGGGACGUCAGGGGGCUUGGCGGGGGUGGUUGGCGCGCUCCAGGCGCAGACGGCCACCGAUGUCGCUGAGCAGGGCAUCAAGUCGCUCGACAUCAAGUAG